AACAAAAAGGUCCAACAAAAUCUUGCGAGUUCCUCUUCUUCAAAGCCCGUAAUUGAAAUUGAGAAUGCAGUCUUUAAUGAGCUCAUGUAUAAAGGUGAAGUACCUAAACGUCCUCUGAAUUAUGGAUUUGGAGUGAAGCAAAGCGACAUCUUUGGAGUGGAAGGUUUGCUGAGGAAAGAAGGGUCAAGCUAUGUUAACAACAAUGCUAUGGAAGUGGAUAACAUGAAAGGUGAAAUAUCAGUUGUCAAGAAGCAAAAUGAGGACCUUGCGCAACAAAAUCAAGUUCUGAACACCAAGUUUGAAGAAACAACACAAUCAUUUAAAAUGAUUGCUUCUUUUUUGGGACAAGUUUUGAAGGAAGUACGCAAAGGGAAUGUUUCAUCGAACCUUUUAGAUGGUGCGGAAUCAGCAAUAAAUAUGAUUACUGAUGAUUCUGGUGGCAAUGGUGACAACCAGGCCGAGAAAUGAGACUUUGACACUAUUGCCAAAUGCAAGAUUAUUGAUGAUUCAAGUGGUAAUAGUAAAUGUAGAUCAAGAGAUGAACAAGUUAUCUUGAAGCUAAGCUAGCAUAAGGAUAGGUUUACUUGUUCGUAACCUUGUUUUUAUUUAGUUUUGGACUAUCUUGUAGAAAAAAUGAUAAUGCUAGUUAGAAAGUUAUUUUUGUUUUAAAACUAUCGCUUUUAUUUCAGUUUGACUAGACUCUGCGAAUUAAUUUAAUGUAUAGAUGAUUUUUAUCACUUUUUCUAAAUUAACUACUUAAGUAUAUAUAUG